AUGACAGAAGAAACCAUCGCGAUACCCAUUCAGGAAACAUCCGGCAUAAUACUUAAUCCGGAGGAGGAACGAAUUUUAAAUGAUCAAAUUAGAACGGCUGAAAAAAAGGAAUCAUAUUUUACUUUAUAUCGGUUCGCUACAAAAUUUGAUUGGAUGAUUAUGUUUAUUGGAUUAGCAUUUUCAGCGGGUGCAGGUGCUGCCAUG